AUGCGGCUGCUGCCGGCGGCGCUGGCCCUGCUCCUGCUCCUGAGCAGCUCGGUGCCGGGGGGUGGUCUGUCUCUGGAGAGCCUGCUGACCAACAUGAAGUGCAAGUGCAUCAAAUCCACCGCCCACGUCAUCAACCUGGGGCUGAUCCUCACCAUCGACGUUACCCCGCCGGGCAUUCACUGCCGGAGGAAGGAGGUCAUCCUCACCCUGAAGAAGAACAGGCGGGUGUGCGUGGCCCCCGAGGCGCCCUGGAUCCAGCUGCUCAUCCACAAGCUGAUGCAGAGGAAUGGCACCAAAAAAGCGUUGCCUCGGCCGCGGCGGGAAGCACCGUGCUGCCGGACCCCUUGGAGACCCCCCACCUUCCCACUGUCCUGAUCCACGGAAUCCACGGUCACCAAUUCCUCGUGGGACAGCAGUGACACAGCCCCCCUGCCCUGAGACACGCUGGGUUUAGUGGCACAACGCUGGCACUUCCUCUGCUCCCUGGGUUUUGGCAGGGCCAGGAGCCUUUCCCUGCUUUCCCGCUGUUUCCCUCCGUUUCGGGUGCCUGCGCUGUUCCCAGGCACCACCAAUAAAAGGAUGAAUGUGCUU